AUGGCAAACCCCAAGGUCUUCUUCGACAUCCUGAUAGGCAAGGCCAAGGCGGGGCGGAUAGUCAUGGAGCUUUUCGCUGACGUCGUCCCGAAGACCGCCGAGAACUUCCGCUGCCUCUGCACCGGCGAGAAGGGGAUCGGGCGCUCCGGCAAGCCCCUGCACUACAAGGGCUCGAACUUUCACCGGAUAAUCCCCAACUUCAUGUGCCAGGGUGGGGACUUCACGAGGGGGAACGGCACUGGCGGUGAGUCCAUCUACGGCCUCAAGUUCGAGGACGAGAACUUCAAGAAGAAGCACACUGGGCCCGGCGUCCUCUCCAUGGCCAACGCCGGCCCCAACACGAACGGGUCCCAGUUCUUUAUCUGCACGGAGAAGACCUCCUGGCUGGAUGGGAAGCACGUCGUCUUUGGGCAGGUGGUGAACGGGUACGACGUGGUUCAGGCGAUGGAGAAGGUCGGUUCCGACAGCGGGCGGACGUCUUCUCCGGUUAUGAUCGAAGACUGCGGCCAGAUCACCGACGAGCACCCCUAA